GCUCCCUCCCCCACCCUGACAUGCCAACCGGGCAGUCGGCGGCGUAGCAGCGCGCGGGCAGCGUCCCCCCGGUCCCCGCGGCAGGAUGGAGUUCGAGCUGCUGGAGAGCGACGUGCUGGAGUCGCUGGAGGACCUGGGUUACAAAGGUCCACUGUUAGAUGAUGGAGCACUGGCUCAGGCAGUCUCUCGUGGAGCCAGUUCCCCUGAAUUCACCAAACUCUGUGCUUGGUUGGUAUCUGAGUUACGGCUAUUCUGUAAACUAGAGGAAAACGUGCAGGCAACUAACAGUCCAAAUGAAGCAGAAGAGUUUCAGCUUGAAGUGAGUGGGUUACUGGCUGAAAUGAACUGUCCAUAUACAUCACUAACAUCAGGAGAUGUGACAAAACGCCUUCAUAGUCAAAAGAACUGUCUCUUGCUGCUCACAUACCUCAUCUCAGAACUGGAAGCUGCCAGAAUGCUGUGUGUGAAUGCCCCUCCUAAAAAAGCACAGGAAGGAGGUGGCAGUGAAGUCUUUCAGGAGCUAAAAGGCAUAUGUAUUGCUUUAGGCAUGUCCAAGCCUCCAGCCAACAUAACGAUGUUCCAGUUCUUCAGUGGAAUUGAAAAAAAACUGAAGGAAACCCUAGCAAAGGUUCCACCUAAUCAUGUUGGAAAACCUUUAUUGAAGAAACAACUGGGACCAGCUCACUGGGAAAAAAUUGAAGCAAUUAAUCAAGCCAUAGUCAAUGAAUAUGAAGUCCGAAGAAAACUAUUAGUCAAACGUUUGGAUGUAACUGUGCAGUCCUUUGGCUGGUCGGACAGAGCUAAGAGUCAGACAGAGAAACUGGCUAAAGUCUACCAGCCAAAACGUGCCCUUUUAUCUACUAAGUGCACUAUUUCCAUUGCAAAUCUCUUGGCAGCUCGGCAAGAUCUGUCAAAGAUCAUGAGAACAAGCAGUGGGUCCAUCCGAGAGAAGACUGCCUGUGCCAUUAAUAAGGUGCUAAUGGGCAGAGUGCCUGACAGAGGAGGAAGGCCUAAUGAAAUUGAACCGCCACCUCCUGAGAUGCCACCUUGGCAGAAAAGACCAGAGGCUGGUCCACAACAAAGUGGCAGCAGAGGAGGAAGAGGUGGCUAUGACUCAUCGUAUGGAGGGCGAGGAGGUUAUGACCAUGGAGGUCAUGACAGAGGAGGGAGAGGAGGUUAUGACUCGUCAUAUGGAGGGCGAGGAGGUCAUGAACAAGGAAGCCAUGAUCGAGGGGGGCGAGGAGGACGUGGUGGUUAUGACCAUGGCAGCAGAGGAGGAGGAAGAGGAAACAAGCUCCAAGGAGGCUGGACAGAUGGUGGAGGCGGUAGCUACCAGGAUGGCAGCUACAGAGAGAGCAACUACAGAGAUGCAGGUUUUCAAACGGGUGGCUACCAUGGCGGUGGUGGUGGUGGUGGCUACCAAGGAGGAGGCUAUGGUGGCUACCAAUCUUCUUCGUACACGGGAAGUGGCUACCAAGGGGGUGGUGGCUACCAGCAGGACAACAGAUACCAAGAUGGUGGGUCCCACAGUGACCGAGGGGGUGGACGUGGAGGAGGGAGAGGUGGCCGUGGUGGUCGUGGUGGCCGUGGAGGUCAAGGAGGGGGGUGGGGAGGCAGAGGUGGACAGAAUUUUAAUCAGGGGGGACAGUUUGAGCAGCACUUCCAGCAUGGAGGUUAUCAGUAUAAUCAAUCUGGCUUUGGACAAGGAAGACACUUUACAAGCUGAGGCUACUAAAAAUGUUUGCUUCAGCAGAGCUCAGAUAAUACAAACCUGCUUUCAGAGGCCUGGCUUAAUGCUUCUUGAAAUAGUGCAGGUUUGUAAGUGGCAGGCAGGAUCUGUUUGGAUGGGAUGUUUUGCUUUGAGUAAACUGCGGGUUUCUGUAGGCCUCUUCUUUUUAUCUUACUGAAUUAAAUGCAUCAUCAUUCUCCACUGCACUUCACCUAAACAUAAACUAAUUGCCAUGCUUUUUAGAUGUUGGACUCAUUUUUCUCUGCUUAGAACACUUCUGUUCUGAAACUACCAGCUGUGUUUGCCUUCCACUUUGGUUAGGUAAAUAACAAGAUCUGUCUGGUCAAAUUUAUAUAUUGUAAUACACAAUGGAAUUUCUACUUUCUUCCCCCUAAACAUUAUUUGGUUAUAUCCUAAAACCAGUUCUGAAUAUUGCUUUUGACUUGCUGGCCUGUCUUUCUAGUCAAGAAAAUGUUACAUGCACGCGCACGCAAUGAAUUCCCUUUAACAAACAGGUUUGUCUAUUAUAUGAGCUCUACUGUAGAUGCCAUGUUUGGUAGCCUUACUGCCACUAAAAUUUUACCACCUGCUCAACUCUGGAGACUGACCGCCGCCAAAACCUGCAAAGAUCACUUAAAACUAAGCUAAAUUGUGAACUGAUAGUGUAUGUAGGCCUGUAGUUAGGUGUAGCAAUUCAAACUGACCUGCAUCCAUCCAAAACAAGUUGUUCCUCCUCCAAACCUGAUUUUUACUUGAAAUCAGCUAGAAGAAAUGACAAACUGAAAUUUAUUUUAUUUGCAAGUUAAUACCACUGGCUCAGCAGAUCUAGGGCAAUUUGUUUUGGAGGUUGUCUUUUUUAAAGAAAUGCACUACGGCCUGGGAAGAUUAGUUCCUGCCUGGAGGAAGCCCUUUUAUUAUUGCUGCAGAAAACAAAGCCUGGCUGAGUUUGAUGUUCUGAUGUGUUUUUUUUUUUUUCUUUACUGAAAGCCACGUAAUGCUUCUUGCUGGGUUUUUUGUGUACAUAAACAUUGUCAAGCUGUGAAAGAAAAUGGCUGAAGGUGUGCUGUUGUAUAAAAGGUGAGCAAUAAAAGUAUCUGUAUGUUG